AUGAGGUGUCCUCUGGGCGCCGGCUCCGGCCACAGCCCUGCCUGGAAGAGGCUGCUUCUAACAGGCACCCUGCUUGCAUUCUUGGAGCUGCCUUCCUCUGCAUCUCUGGCGCCCUUGACGGAAGGAGCUGAUGCCCACCUGCCUGUCCGCGGAAGCCUCGAUGGUGUUCUCUCCACUUCUUGGUUUCGAGGGCACGAGGCCCGGACGGAAGCCAUGAUCUUCUCCCCUGAGGGUCUCCCAGGGCCUGGCCACACUGGCCGGGAGACACUGGACACCCAAGGCAGCCUGGUCAUUAGAAAUGUGACAACUCAGGACGCGGGCAGCUACACCAUGGUGCUGGAAACCAGCAAGGGACGCAGGAGUGUGACGGAGCAGAUACAGGUCAAGGCCAACUUGGACGGGGUGUUGCUGCUGACAUUCCCAGGGAAUACAAACGGUGUCAUCUACAGUGACCUCAACUACUCAGUGAUCCUGCAGUGGGUGGCUUCCGUCAACCCUGAGCCUGUGCUACGAUGGAGCUUCAAUGGGAAGCCUCGUGGGACCGGGGAGAAGCUAAUUAUUCAGAGGUUGUCCUUAGAGGAUCUGGGCACCUACGUAUGCUUCGCUGAGAAUAGCCAGGCAGUGUAUUUCUCCAGGCCCGUGACUAUCUCGCUGCCACAAGCCAAUGUGGAUCCCACAGACCCCGCGCCUGUCCGGCCGGACCCCACUCUCUCCCUGUCAGGAGGAUCUGCCAUUGCCCUCAUCGUGGCUGCAUUUGUGGGGAUCGUGUUACUGAUCGGAAGCAUAGUUUUCACCUUAAUCCAGAAGUGA